CUCCCUGUGGGGGUAAUGUAACAGGAUCAUCAGGAUUCAUCCUCUCCCCCAACUUCCCCCUCCCCUAUCCGCACAGCAAAGACUGUGAUUGGCUGAUCGCUGUCCACUCAGACUACGUCAUAUCACUGGCUUUUAUCAGUUUCAGUAUCGAGCCCAACUACGACUUCCUGUAUAUCUACGACGGACCAGACAGCAACAGUCACCUGAUUGGUAGUUUCCAGGACAGCAAGCUCCCAGAGAAGAUAGAGAGCGUCUCUAACUUUAUGCACCUAGCCUUCCGUAGCGAUGGCUCAGUGAGCUACCAAGGCUUCCAUCUGGAGUAUAAAGCUAAACUGCGGGAGGCUUGCUUUGACCCGGGGAACGUUAUGAAUGGGACACGCCUCGGGAAUGACUACAAGCUGGGCUCCACGGUGACGUUCAGCUGUGAGGCAGGAUAUCUAUUACAAGGACACUCCACACUGACCUGUGUGAUGGGAAACAGCAAGAGGCCUGAGUGGGACCGAGCCAGGCCCAGCUGUCAAGCGCCGUGCGGAGGCCGCUCGACAGGGUCAGAGGGGACCGUCCUGUCCCCAAAUUACCCCCGUAAUUAUACCCAGAGUCUGACCUGCGUCUACCACAUCUUUGUCCCCGGGGACUUUGUGCUGUUUGGCCAGUUUGUGGUGUUUCAGACGUUGGCGAGUGAUAUUGUGGAAAUCUACGACGGCCCGACUCCAGACUCUCCUGUCCUCUCGUCCAUCUCCGGCUCUCACUCAGGAGAGACUCUACCUUUAAGUUCUGGGAACAAAAUCACCGUGAAGUUCACCACCGCGGGUCCAGAGACAGCCAAGGGAUUCCACUUUGUUUAUCAAGCUGUCCCCAGGACCAGUGCAUCUCAGUGCAGCUCUGUGCCGGAGCCCAGGUUUGGGAAGCGGAUAGGAAACGACUUUGGCAUUGGCACGGUGGUGCUGUUUGAAUGCAAUCCAGGCUACGCUCUGCACGGCGCCACUGCCAUCAGGUGUGAGGCCAUCCCUAACACUGUAGCUCAGUGGAACGGCACUGAGCCCACCUGCGUAGUUCCCUGUGGAGGACUGCUGACAUCUCGUAAGGGGACCAUCCUUUCUCCUGGUUACCCAGAGCCCUACGCCAACUAUCUCAACUGUAUCUGGAAGGUCUCUGUGCCGGAGGGAGCAGGCAUCCAAAUCCAGGUCAUAACUUUUGCCACGGAACACAACUGGGACUCCUUGGACUUUUUGACGGCGUCGAUGGCAACGCGCCAAGGCUUGGCAGCUAUUCAGGUACGACCAUCCCCCAGCUCCUGAACAGCACCUCCAACAACAUCUACCUGACCUUCCAGUCCGACAUCAGUGUGUCUGCAGCAGGCUUCCACCUGGAAUAUACAGCAAUAGGUUUGGAUUCAUGCCCAGAACCUCAGCCCCCCCUCAACGGUGUCAAUGUGGGCCAGCGCUUCACUGUGGGGGACAUGGUUUCCUUUCAGUGUGACCAAGGCUACUCUC